UUCAGGAUUACUAAGAAACAAACACAAUUUGAUUUCAUCAUUCCUGUUCCUCUAUAAAAUGAUAAAUGGAAUCCAAAUGUACACCAGGCACAAUCAAUGGAUGCUGGUGAUUUUUCUCCUAUGGCCUUGGAUUAAAGUAUCAGAGACUUUGAAAGAUGAGAGGGCUCAGAGAGAAGCAUCUUCUCCUUGGAGAGCUAAGCGUGGCUGGGUGUGGAACCAAUUUGUUGUAGCAGAGGAAAUUGAUACAAGACAACACAUUGGCCGGCUCAGAUCUGAGUUAGACAAUGGAAACAACUCUUUCCAGUACAAGCUACUCGAGACUGGUUCUGGGAGCUUCAGCAUUGAUGAACAGACAGGUGACAUAUUUGCCAUAAGGAAGCUUGAUAGAGAACAACAAUCCCUCUACAUUCUGAGAGCUCAGGUAAUAGACACCACUACUGGAAAGGCUGUGGAACCUGAGUCUGAAUUUGUCAUCAGAGUUUUGGAUAUCAAUGACAAUGAACCCAGAUUCCUAGAUGAACCUUAUGAGGCCAUUGUACCUGAGAUGUCUCCAGAAGGAACAUUUGUGAUCAAGGUGACAGCCAAUGAUAAUGAUGAUCCUACAACUGGAUAUCAUGCUCGGAUUCUGUACAACUUAGAACAAGGCCAAGCAUAUUUUUCUAUUGAACCAACAACGGGAAUCAUAAGGAUAUCUUCCAAAAUGGAUAGAGAGGUGCAGGAUACAUACUGUGUAAUUAUUCAAGCCAAGGACAUGCUUGGUCAGUCUGGAGCCCUAUCUGCAACAACAACUGUUUUAAUUAAGCUGUCAGACAUUAAUGACAACAAGCCAAUAUUCAAAGAAAGUUUCUACCGUUUCACUGUAUCUGAAUCUGCACCCAAUGGAACAUCUUUGGGAAAAAUUAUGGCAUAUGAUGAUGACAUAGGUGAGAAUGCAGAAAUGGACUAUACAAUUGAAGAUGAUUCACAAACAUUUGGCAUCAUCACUGACAAUGAGACCCAGGAAGGAAUAGUAAUACUAAAAAAGAAAGUUGAUUUUGAACACCAGAGCCACUAUGGAAUCAGAGCUAAAGUUAGAAAUCGCCAUGUUGAUGAAGAGCUUGCACCUGUCCAUCUUAAUACCUCUACAACCUACAUUAAAAUUCAAGUAGAAGAUGAGGAUGAGCCUCCUAUUUUCCUCUUACCAUAUUACAUAUUUGAAAUUCCUGAAGAAAAGCCAUAUGGAACAGUUGUAGGGACAGUCUCUGCCAUUGACCCAGAUCGAAGGCAAUCUCUUAUAAGGUAUUCUCUCCCUGGAAGUAAAAUGUUUGAUAUCAAUGGCAAUGGAACAAUAUUUACCAUUAACCUGCUUGAUAGGGAGGUCACUGCUUGGUACAACCUGAGUGUCACAGCUACAGAAAUGAAUAAUGUACUACAUAUCUCUUCAGUUCCUGUAUAUAUACAAGUUUUUAACAUUAAUGACCAUGCUCCAGAAUUUUCCAAAGUCUAUGAAACUUAUGUUUGUGAAAAUGCUGAAUCUGGUGAGAGAAUUCAAACCAUCAGUGCAAUAGAUAGAGAUGAAUCCAUAGAAGAUCACCAUUUUUACUUUAGUCACUCUGCGGAAGAUAUAAAGAACUCAAGUUUUACGCUAAUAGACAAUCAAGAUAACACAGCUAGAAUUCUGACUAACAGAACUGGUUUCAGACUUAAAGAAGAACCUGUCUUUUACAUGAUCAUCUUGAUUGCUGAUAAUGGAAUCCCAUCUCUUACAAGCACAAACACCCUCACUAUACAAGUCUGUGACUGUGGAGACAGUGGCAGCACAAAGACUUGUACUAACAAGGGACUUCUCUUUAUCUUGGGAUUCAGGAUGGAAGCAAUAAUUGCCAUACUGAUAUGCAUUAUGGUAAUAUUUGGGUUUAUCUUUUUGAUGCUUGUUCUGAAACAGCGACGAAAGCAGUCCUUAUUUCCAGACAAAGGUGAAGAUUUUAGAGAGAAUAUAUUUUGCUAUGAUGAUGAAGGUGGUGGGGAGGAAGAUUCAGAGGCCUUUGAUAUCGUAGAGUUGAGACGUAGUACUGUCGUGAGAGACAGAAAGCCACGGAGGAGCAAGAGCGCAGAGAUCAGGAGCCUGUACCGGCAGUCCCUGCAGGUGGGCCCAGACAGUGCCAUAUUCCGAAAAUUCAUCCUGGAAAAGCUGGAAGAAGCUAACACAGAUCCGUGUGCUCCCCCCUUUGACUCACUACAGACUUUUGCCUUUGAGGGCACAGGAUCAUCAGCUGGCUCUCUGAGCUCCUUGGGAUCCAGAGGCACUGAUCAUGAAGAUGAUUUUGAUUAUCUUAACGAUUUGGGACCUCGCUUUAAAAGAUUAGCAUGCAUGUUUGGUUCAGCAGCACAGUCAUACAAUUAAAGCGUCCCAAUGACAGCAUGCAGGAAGUAUUAAGGUAUAUUUACAUGAAAUGAUAGGCCUUUUGGAAAAUUACUUACUUUGGCCUUCCAUCUAGUACGAGUCCUGCUUUAUAAAAUUAUGAUCUUUUUCAGUGCACACUCAUGGUCAUUUCCUGUUCAGCACAGAUAUUGGAAGGGGAGCUGUCAAUCAGAUUUCAUAUAUCUCUGCAAACAA